UUAGCGUUGCGUGUACUAAGGUAAGAGUCCGUAAAUCCGACAUUGUCCACAAUUUCGACAGAUUUUCAUACCAAGCAUUGAAAUAAGAAAUACCGAUCACAAUAUUAACGUUCGUAACAUCCAGCGACAUCUUUGAAGAUUACUUGGCAACAUUCAAAUUCGUUUCCUGAUAUACCGACUACUCCCUUUGUAUGACUCCGUGAUAAACAUUCGAUGUCGCUUGAAAUUCAGUGAAUGGUUCCAUCUCGCGCAAUUGUUUCUAAGGAUGUCUGCAAAGAAAUAUUGCAAAUAUUCCCAAGAUAAUUUAUUGAGUGCUCUAGAGGCCAUCAAACAUGGAAUGCCACGUGCAACUGCAGCAAAAAAAUUCAACGUGCCAAGAACUACACUAAUUGGCAAAAUUGAUGGCAGAUACCCUGAAAUAUGUCAAAGUGGGGCAUCAACUGUAUUGACCUCUGAGGAGGAAAAUAUUUUGGUACAAUGGAUCCUCAAUAUGGCAAGAAUGGGAUUCCCUGUCACAAAGCUGCAGUUGAUGGAUAGUGUAUCACUUCUAGUUAAAAACUUGAAAAGACCAAAUAAGUUCAAUAAUGGGCACCCUGGGCGCCAUUGGUAUGAGGGAUUUCUUCAAAGGCAUCCUGAAAUUUCGCAGAGAAUGGCCCAAAAUCUAACUGCUUCUCGAGCAGCAGUAACCAAAAUCAAAAUUCAAAACUGGUUUGGAGAAAUUAGCGAUUACUUCACUUCAUCAAAUAUCGACAUCCGUGACCCAGAGAGAAUAUUCAAUUCUGACGAGUCUGCAUUUUUUUUAUCGCCAAAAGGAAAUUCUGUGCUAGCAAAGAAGGGAAGUAAAACCGUAUAUGACCGAUCGGGAAAUGACAAAGAAUGCCUUACUGUACUAAUAACAGGUAAUGCAGCAGGCCAGUUGGCACCUCCAAUGGUAAUGUAUCCCUAUGAAAGGAUACCGAAGCACAUCGCAAUGCAAAUUCCUUCUGGUUGGGGAGUAGGUAAAUCAGAAACGGGUUGGAUGACAUCUGAGUCAUUUUUUGAAUAUAUAACAAAUAUAUUUUUCCCAUGGCUCGUAUCGAAAAAGCUCGAAUUUCCUAUUUUAUUAUAUGUAGAUGGCCAUAAGUCCCACAUAACAUUUCCGUUGAGUGAUUUUUGUAGAAAAAAAGGAAUUAUUUUAAUCAGUUUGCUCCCAAAUUCAACUCACAUCUUACAGCCCUUAGAUGUGGGCCUCUUUAAAGCUCUGAAAAAUAGCUGGAAAAACAAGAUAAGGAAUUAUCGAACUCAAAACAACUUCAAAACUUUAAACAGAGAAUAUUUUGCUCCCGUUCUCAAAACCGCUCUUGAUGAUAUGAAAAAUUUAAAAACAAUAUUCGAAAAUGCCUUCAAAGUGUGUGGAUUGCAUCCAUUUGAUAUUGAAAAUGUUGAUUUAUCAAAGGUUUUGCAAAGCACGAUAAUCCCUGAAAACGAAACCAACCAGCCAACAGAGAAUUCUGAUAUAGUGAAGAAUUUGAGAUUUUUAGAGCAACACAUUGAAAAGGAAACAGUCCAAAAAUUUUAUCUUCUGAGGGGUGCUAAUUGGACUGGAAAUGUUGAAGACAAAACUUUGUAUAGUGUUUGGAAGCAAAUUUUCAUAAAGUCUGGUUUGAGUUUUCCUAUAGAAGAAGAAUCAGGUGAAAAUAUAAUAAUUGAAGUAAAGGAUGGUAUAUAUUUAGAAGAGGAUUGGGACAACAUGAUAUUAAAUUUGGCAGGAGAUAUAAACAUGACAAUGACCGAAGAUCAUGAGACUAAUAAUGAUAUUCCAGACUUACAAACAACUGAUUACAAUCAAUUCUCUUAUGAUGGAAUCGAACAUAACAUUCAAGAGGCCUCAGAAAAAACAGAAAAGAGCCGAAACCCACAGAAUCUUGGCAGCAAGGCCGAAAUCCGUAUCCUUCAGAACAUUUCAAUUGUUACAGAAGGAAACGACAUUGCAGAUGAAAUAUUUAGCGGAAUGAAUGAUGAUUCAAAAGAAAUCAAUAAUGAUGAUAUAGAAAAGAAGAAAAAUGUUACCACAGAUGGAGAAAAGGAGAAAACUAUAGCUGAAAUUAACAUGCAGGAAGAACAGAACACAAUUAAAAAUGAUAUAUUUAAAAACAAAGAAGACAUUGCCGAAGGUAAGGUGACUGAAGAGGCUAUAGUUGAAAGCACACCAGAGGAAGAAAUACUUGAAAACAACAUUGAGGAGAAAAAUGGGUCCACAGGUACCACACAAUUUCAUACAGGGGAAAGGAUCAUAUUGAAUGAUAUUCAGGUUACACCAGAAGAUAAAAAAGGCAAUCAAGCAACCUUACGAAAAACAAAAGAAACUGAACGCAAGUCUCCAGAAAACGUUACAAAUACUAUUUUUCCAGAAAUAGUUAUCCCUUCGCCAUUCAAGAAAGCCUUAUUUUGGCCAGAAGCAACGACAUCUAAAAAGCCUGUAAAAAACAAGAAAGAAAAAAUACCUUCAGUAACAACUUCUGAUGCAUGGAAGGAAUAUUAUUUGAAAAAAGAGGGCAAAAAGGAAAAGCAAAUGGAAGAGAAAGAAAAUAGAAAACGAAAGAGAGAAGAGAAGAAGAACACCCCUAAACCGAAGAAUACUAGACGUCAGUUGCAUAUUAAGAAGAAUAAUAAUGAAUCAAGUUGCAUAGAUAAACCAAAUGAAAAUGAAAAGGCUUCCACUAGCGGAGAUUGUGGAAAAAGUAACUUCAGCGUCGACGAUUUCGUUAUUGUUAACUAUGAAGGUAAAUAUUAUCCUGGAGUCAUAAAAAAUAUUGCAGACGGUAAAGCUUUCAUCAGCACAAUGACUACUAGCAGCCUGAGACAAUGGAAGUGGCCAGAAGGAAAAGAUGAGAUUUGGUAUGAAUUCCAUGAAAUCAUUGAGAAAAUCAAGAAACCUAAACAAGUAAACAAAAGAGGGUUCUUUGAAGUGGAAGAGGUUAACAAAUAUUCACAAGGAAUUUUGGAAUAACUUAUUUUCAUAAUCUGCUAUAUGUAACUAAUGCUCUAUGUUGAAUUACUUUUUUCUUCUGAUAAACGGAUAAGUAUAAUAUUUCAUUAUUAA